CAGAGCCAGAUAAAUAUCAACUUACAAAUAAAAGACAGACCUUCGUUGCAUCCGAAAAAUGGAGACUGAUGACACCAACUCCUCAUUAAAUGACACCUACUCCACUGUGGAUGAACAAGAAGAUUAUAAUAGGGUUGGCAGGGCCCUACAAACAACUUCGCUGGUCAUCUACUGUUUGAUAUUUGCAUUUGGGACUAUUGGCAACAGUCUAGUCAUCUACGUGACAGGCUGCAGGAUGAAGAGAACGGUUAACUCAGUUUGGUUUCUCAACUUGGCCCUGGCUGACUUCCUCUUUUCAACCUUUCUGAUUUUCACAAUCAUUUCUACCUCUCAGGGAAACCACUGGAUGUUUGGACGAGUAUUAUGCAAGCUCAAAACCUUUGUGAUUGUAGUCAACAUGUUUGCCAGUAUCUUUCUUCUGACAGCCAUAAGUGUGGAUCGUUGCUUGUCAAUAUGGUUCGUGGUGUGGGCACAAAACAAGCGUACCGUUGGCAAAGCCCAGAUCAUAUGCGCUGUCAUCUGGAUUACUGCUGGGGUCUGCAGCGCUCCAUUUGCACAUGUUCGAGAGGUUUGGCCUCAUGGGGAGAAGAUAAUGUGUAAUCCUAAACCCAAUACAGGAAAACAAACACGGAUUCUUGACAUAUUUCGAUUUUUUAUGGGCUUCCUGAUCCCAUUCCUGGUAAUAUGUGUCUCUUAUGUGGCCAUAGUUGUUCGUGCUGGGCACCUGAAAAAGCCAAGAAAACAGAGAUGUCGCCGGGUCAUUUUCUCUGUUGUUCUUGCAUUCUUCAUCUGCUGGUUGCCCCUCCAUGUUUUUAUUUUUGUAAACUCUCUUAACCCAAAUCUCGGUAACAUCAUUGUUCAGAUUGUUGGUCCUCUGGUUUUGAGUCUGUGUUUUAUGAACAGCUGCCUGAAUCCCAUUCUCUAUGUUUUCAUGUGUCAUGAAUUCCAGCAGAAGCUCAAGCGAUCCGUGUGCUUUGCACUAGAAAGUGCCCUGGCUGAGGACCACUUGUCAUUUACGUCCUCUCGCUCCCUGACGUCCUACCUUUCACGGAUUUCUCGUAAAUCUGACUCUACUGCACCCGUGGAGAUGAAAGGCCCAGCCACUUUCUCAACCACAGAACCAGUUUUUGUUCAUUGCACGGAGGGAGAGACACUGGGAACUGAUGAAGAUUAGUCAGAGUAUAUGAAACUUGUAAUCAAUUAUCACAAAAGUAGAGUAGAAACUGAACAUGGAGUAUGGAUUGAUUAGUCUAUCUAUGUGCAGAGAAUGAUUGAUGAUAUUUUGUAUAUUUGUGCGUUUUUAUGUUCUCUAUAUUAUCACCCCUAACCGGUGUCUACACUUAUCUCUGACACCCGUUAAUUUGUUGCACCUGUGACAAGUUCCACCUUUUUUUUUUAACUAUCAAAUGUAUUUUUUAUGAAAUCACAAAGUUCUCUAGAUCAAUAAUUGUGUGGGGUGUGCUGUGGCCUUGCAAUGUAAAUAUGAAUGUGUGUGUAUAAGAAUUAAUUAUUUUGUACAAUGAAAUUAUACCCAUAAAUUCAUCACAUAUGGAAAUGCUUAAAAUUACAUGAUAAUGUGCACAGUAAUGUUUUUUUUACUUUUAAGUGUUGUAAGCAAUACAAUUUCGAGGUUAUUUACAAAUGUUGUUUUGACAUGCCUCUAUAGCUGCAUAAUACUGUCACACAAAGCUGAGCUUCAAUAAUUGCGCUGUAUGCAUUUUUGUACGGUGAAUAAAAACAUAUUUUUG